AUGGAUUCUACUGAUUACGAUGUACAUCUUGAUCAACUUAUUCAACAUAUCACCACACAUUGGAAAUUCGAUCAUCUGGAUUCAAUUCAAUCACAAAGUUAUAAACAUAUAGCAUCUCAAGUACAACAACAUGUCAGAAUUACAAUCAAUCAAAGGAACCAACAAAUAAACAUCAAUCCUUCAAUGGAUGUUGAUAUUUUGAUGGCGCAGAUCUUUGGUGCCAUCCAAUCCGAUACGCAGGGAAAAUUACCUUUAGAAUGGGAUCGCUUUGGUGAUCAGCUUGGCAAGCCAGCUUUGGAAACUUAUUUACGAACGAUCGUCCUUCAACAAUGUGGAUCGACAAUGAACAAUGAAAAUGUCAGCGCACAAUGUUUAAUGGAAAAUUCGGAACAAUUAUCAGCUCAAUUGGAUCGAUAUAUUGGCACUCAUCUAGAACACAUCUUUGAAGCUAUGGAUCAACAAGUUCUUCCCAACUUGUUGACGACAACAACGGAAAAUCUCAAAGGAGUAUUGGCUUAUUUUAACUCUGUAUUUUUGAACAAGGAUGAUCAAGAGUUACUGCUCCAGGUGAUGCCAUGGCAAGGCUCUAUCAAGAAUACUUAUGUGGACUCUAUUUUACCUUCUUUGAAUGAUGACAAUGAUCGAUCUUCUCAUUUCUUUACUCGUUAUGCAUGUCUGGCUAGGGUAUAG